AUGAAUCUGGUGCUGAGAAAAUGCCUUCUCCAUGUGGCUGUGAUGGGUGCUCUUCUGGCUGUGGGGGCCACAGAAGGACCCAGAGACCAGGACUGGCUUGGUGUCUCAAGGCCACUCACAACUAAAGCCUGGAACAGGCGGCUGUAUCCAGAGUGGACGGAAAGCCAGGGGCCUGACUGCUGGAGAGGUGGCCAGGUGUCCUUGAAGGUCAGUAAUGAUGGCCCUACACUAGUUGGGGCAAAUGCCUCCUUCUCUAUUGCCCUGCACUUUCCUGAAAGCCAAAAGGUGCUGCCAGAUGGGCAGGUCAUCUGGGCCAACAACACCAUCAUCAAUGGGACCCAGGUGUGGGGAGGACAGCCAGUGUAUCCCCAGGUACCUGAUGAUACCUGCAUCUUCCCUGAUGGAAGGGCCUGCCCAUCUGGCCCUUGGUCUCAGACUCGAAGCUUUGUUUAUGUCUGGAAGACCUGGGGCCAGUACUGGCAAGUUCUGGGGGGCCCAGUGUCGGGACUGAGCAUUGUGACAGGCAAGGCAAUGCUGGGCACACAUACCAUGGAAGUGACUGUCUACCACCGCCGGGAGUCCCAGAGCUAUGUGCCCCUUGCUCACUCCUGCUCAGCCUUCACCAUUACCGACCAGGUGCCCUUCUCUGUGAGCGUGUCCCAGCUGCAGGCCUUGGAUGGAGGGAACAAGCACUUCCUGAGAAAUCAUCCUCUGACCUUUGCCCUCCGGCUCCAUGACCCCAGUGGCUAUUUGUCUGGGGCUGACCUUUCCUACACCUGGGACUUUGGAGACAAUACUGGGACCCUGAUCUCUCGGGCACUUGUGGUGACUCACACUUACCUAGAGUCUGGCCCAGUCACUGCCCAGGUGGUGCUGCAGGCUGCAAUUCCUCUCACUUCCUGUGGCUCCUCCCCAGUUCCAGUCACCACAGAUGGGCAUGGGCCAACGGCAGAGGCCCCUGGCACCACAGCUGGGCAAGUGCCUACUGCAGAAGUCAUAGGUACUACACCUGGUCAGGUGCCAACUGCAGAACCUUCUGGAACCACAGCUGUGAAGAUGCCAACCACGGAGGUCACAGGCACUACACCUGUACAGGUGCCAACUACAGAGGGCAUAGGUACUACAGCUGAACAGGUGCCAACCUCAGAGGGCAUAGAUACCACACCUGCAGAGAUGCCAACUGCAGAGGCCAUUCGUACAAUACCUGAAGUGUCAAUCGCAGAGCCCUCUGGUUCCACAGUUGUACAACUAACAACUAGAGAGUUGGUGGAGCCCACAGCUGGAGAGGUACCCACCCCUGAGCCUGAGGGUCUAGAUGUCCGCCCAUUCGUGCCUACAGAAGGUAUUACAGAUUCCCAGAGCCCCCUGCCGGAUGGUGCAGCUACCUUAAUCCUGGUGAAGCGAGAAACCCCUCUGGAUUGUGUGCUGUAUCGAUAUGGCUCCUUUUCUCUCGACCUGGACAUUGUCCAGGGUAUUGAGAGUGCUGAGAUCCUUCAGGCUGUGCCAUCCAAUGAAGGGGAUGCAUUUGAGCUGACUGUGUCUUGCCAAGGCGGACUGCCCAAGGAAGCCUGUAUGGACAUCUCAUCUCCAGGGUGCCAGCCCCCUGCCCAGCGGCUGUGUCAGCCUGUGCCACCCAGCCCGGCCUGCCAGCUAGUUUUGCACCAAGUACUGAAGGGUGGCUCGGGGACCUACUGCCUCAAUGUGUCUUUGGCUGAUGCUAACAGCCUGGCAAUGGUCAGCACCCAGCUUGUAAUGCCUGGUCAAGAAGCAGGCCUUGGACAGGCUCCCCUAUACGUGGGCAUCUUGCUGGUGUUGAUGGCUAUGGUGCUUGUAUCUCUGAUAUAUAGGCGAAGACUUCUGAAGCAAGGCUCAGCCCUCCCUCUUCCCCAGCUCCCACGUGGUAGCACCCACUGGCUGCGGCUGCCCAGGGUCUUCCGCUCUUGCCCCAUUGGUGAGAACAGGCCCCUCCUCAGUGGGCAGCAGCAGGUCUGAGUAGUCUUAUAUGACACUGUGAUUUGCCAAGGGUAGACAGCAAUGCCUAUCUUUUCUCCAGUCCUCCCUUGGAAAGUACCAUUAUCUGAAAUAAAUACUCAGAACCUG